AUGGUGGAUGUGAAGUGUCUGAGUGACGAUGAAUUACAGAACAAACUUGACAAGCUUGGAUUUUCACCUGGCCCAAUACUACCUUCCACCAGAAACGUGUAUGAAAAGAAGUUAGUGCAAUUGUUGGUCUCAACUCCCUGUGCAUCACCCGAGAUGAACGGACCCAGAGAACCGGACAGAGCUCAGGACUAUGAUGACAGUGAAGUAGAACCCAGUUUUGAAAUACAAGAGCAGCAGGAAGAGAUAGUGAAACCAAACUCUGAUUACAAUGAUUCUAAGAUGAUAAUAAAGGGAGGAAACAAAGGCCUAAAGAGCUACACCUUUUCACUUUACUGAAAAAAAUACCAUCAUGAAAGAAAUUUGGGGGAAAAGGAAAAAAGAAAAAAGCCACGAUCGUCUCUCCUUCUAUCCCUCUUACAGAACAUUUUCACUUUCCUAAAUUAUUUUCUA